AUGCGUCCAACGCUAGAUGAAAUUUCAAAAAAGCUCGAAAAUCUAUCGGAGAAUACAACUGAUGAAUUUGUUAAAAAUUGCAUUAAUAAAAAUAAUCAGCAAACUGUGCAAUCAAUCCUAAAUUAUUCAGAACGAUUAGAUUCCUCUAAUAAUAUAACCGAAAAUAUAACAUGGAUAAGCAUCACGAAGGUAAUAAAGAUGGUUCAGAAAAAUAAUACGCAUUCAAAAAACGACGCAAUCGAUGAAUUGAGCGAACUUAAUGAAACUACUUCGAAUAAUAAUUUUGUAGCCUUAAAUGAGGUCAUGAAUUUAUUCACCCGAUCGAGCAAUGGUUCUGAAGAAAUGUUUGGUAUUUUAUAUGGAUAUUCGGUACUUUACAGUACCAUCUGA